UAUACUGGGCUGCGUUCAGAAUCAUCAUCUGAGUGCACCCAGGUGUCGUGUUAUCCUUGUUUAUCAUUCGUGAACAACAAGGAUAAAACAACAUCUGGGUGCAUCCGGACGACGAUUCUGAACGCACCCCUGUGCUUCCACCAUGGCGUGAGUCCCAUAAUUAAAGAAAAAGAUCGUCUGAAUUCAAAAGAUCAAUUUAGGAGGCAGAACUAUGUCAGAUGAUUAUGCGAAAUUGUGCAUGCCACUUCCUAAAAGUAAGACCGAUCAUAUCAAGAUUUGUGAAAACACUCAGCAGUAUGUUAUUAACUUUUUACAAACCUUGUUGCCACCAUCCGACCAUAAAUCUAUUUCAGAUGAGUUGCGAAAGACCUUUAUACUUAACAAGAUCAAACCAAAGUACAAGCAGAAAGUGGGAAAAGGCAAAUGUUUUUCUGCUAAGAAAAGAUUGCGCUUUGGUUUAGGUAGGAUUGGCAACAGAAAUCAGAUGAAGUACUCCGAUGUUUUGCCUUUAAAUGAAUUAUGGCUACAAUACAUGCAAGAGAUGCUAGGUGUCGAGUCGUUUGCCGAUAUAUCGGAGAAUCCUCGAAAUUGGGAGAAUAUAAAUCUGCAAUUGAUAAAAGCCGAUUUUCAUGGUGCUAAAAUUUCGAUUGAUAGAUCCAAAUGCCCCAGUCUGGUAGGGGUUACAGGAAUCGUUAUACAAGACACAAAGAAUACUUUUAGGGUCUGUGGAAUGGACAAUAUUAUUCGAACGAUACCAAAAGAUGUAGUUAAGAUAAACAUUUACUUGGAUGAUGGAGUAAUACUAAAAGUGUUUGGAAGGGAUCUUUCUACAAGGCCUGCAGAACGAGCAGUUAAGAAGUUAAAAAAUAGUUCAAUUGUAAUGCUGUGAUAAAUAUUUAAUAAUAUAUUGAUAAUUCGAUACUCUCUCUCUCUACCUUCUACAAAGAUACACAAAUUAGUAUUAAAUCUUGAUAAAAAAAAGUUGUUGCCAGGAAAAAUAAAAAAAUAUGACAAAAUCAA